CAAGGAGGAAGAUGGGCUCUGAGACCUGCUCCAGUUGACCAGAUUGGCACCAGGAUCUUGGGGAGUCAGUCCACAGACAUGGCUUGGUGGCUCUCUUGGGUGUGCCUCACUGCAUGCUUCGACCAGGUGCUGGCGGUGGACUCUACCGCCGAUGAGGGCGACCUCUACUCGGAGAACAUCUCUCGGAUCCUCGACAAGCUCUUGGACGGCUACGACAAUAGGCUCCGACCUGGGUUUGGAGGCAGAGGCAGUCCAGGUGCUGUGACGGAAGUCAAGACAGACAUCUACGUGACCAGCUUUGGCCCAGUAUCAGACGUGGAAAUGGAAUAUACAAUGGAUGUUUUCUUUCGGCAAACAUGGAUUGAUGAGAGGUUGAAGUUUGGUGGGCCCACUGAAAUACUGAGAUUGAACAAUUUAAUGGUCAGUAAAAUCUGGACACCAGACACCUUUUUUAGAAAUGGAAAAAAGUCAAUUGCUCAUAAUAUGACAACUCCUAACAAACUUUUCAGGAUAAUGCAGAAUGGCACCAUUCUCUAUACAAUGAGACUUACCAUUAAUGCUGACUGUCCAAUGCGUUUGGUAAACUUUCCUAUGGAUGGGCAUGCUUGUCCCCUGAAGUUUGGGAGCUAUGCUUAUCCUAAAAGUGAGAUUAUUUACACCUGGAAAAAGGGACCACUGUAUUCAGUGGAAGUACCACAAGAAUCUUCCAGUCUUCUCCAGUAUGAUCUUAUAGGACAAACAGUAUCUAGUGAAACAAUUAAAUCCAAUACUGGUGAAUACGUAAUAAUGACUGUUUAUUUCCACUUACAAAGGAAGAUGGGCUACUUCAUGAUACAGAUAUAUACUCCCUGCAUCAUGACAGUCAUCCUUUCUCAGGUGUCUUUCUGGAUUAAUAAGGAGUCUGUUCCAGCUAGAACCGUUUUUGGCAUUACUACUGUCCUAACAAUGACCACGUUGAGCAUCAGUGCUCGCCACUCUUUGCCCAAGGUGUCUUAUGCUACUGCCAUGGAUUGGUUCAUCGCUGUGUGCUUUGCCUUUGUCUUCUCUGCACUCAUUGAGUUUGCAGCUGUCAACUACUUUACCAAUCUUCAGACUCAGAGAGCAAUGAGGAAGGCAGCCAGGGCAGCCGCACUAGCAGCCGCACUCUCAGCAGCUACCGUACCGGCGGAGGACGAGAUAGUCUCGCACUCAGACUCCAAUUGCAACCUGAAGAGGCGAAUGAACUCUAUGACAUCACAAACAGAUCAGUCCCCUGAAGCAAGCACAGUAUCCAAUAGCGCAUCUCAAAGUCAGCCAACAUCAGUUCCCUUACCAGAACCAGCACCACCACCACCAACACCACCACCCAUUGGAGGAACUAGUAAAAUAGAUCAGUACUCCAGGAUCCUAUUUCCAGUGGCAUUUGCAGGAUUCAACCUAGUAUACUGGGUGGUUUACCUUUCAAAAGACACAAUGGAAUUUUUUGAACCUACUGCAAUGCAUCUUCGAGAUGACCAUCAACCCAAUUGAUGUGAGCCAGGACUCAGGUGUGACCCAGGACUGAAAGGCGUGUUGGGCUAAGAGCCUUCAAAGGGCAGUUGUGAAG